AUGCCCGCGCCGCUCCUCGAUCUUCUCGAGUCUGGGGUGGGCAGGCACACGAAGCGCGACCGCACGUGGCUGAAGCCAGUGGUCGAGGUGCUGGCGACCAACGGCAUCGAGGGCCCGGAGGACCUGGCCAAACUCAACGUCAGGGCCGCGACCUCCCAGCUCGACGGGCUGGUCGAGGGCAAGGUCGCUUUCCUCGAGCGCGCCGUCGCAAAGGCAACCCAGUCCGCCGAGCAGCAGGCAGCUGCCGAGGCCGCGGCGCCAAGCGGUUCACAGGAGCCGGCGAGCGCCCUCCUGCAGGCGCUCCAGGGCGGCCGCAAGCCAGCGGUCCACGUGGACAUCGCCGCAGGCCUGGGCGGCAUGACCUUGGCGGGCUUGCCAGCGUCGUGCUGGCCGUCUCCGCAACUGACCGACUGGGUGCAGGGCCAGGUCAAGGCCGCGGAAAGCAAGGGCAUCACGAAGCCCCUCCUCUACAUGCCGAUCAAGAAAUUUCCCCCGUACUACGCGGCGGACAAGAGGCAGCCCGACGACCCCGAGGGGGAGCGCGGCGUCGAGCGGUCCUUCGCGCAGGAGAUCGCUCGCGGCAUCUGCCGGGCGAGGGGCCCCGACAAGAAGCAGGGGGACCUGCCGAGCAUCCCGCAGCGGUGCGUCGCGUUUGACAGAUGGGCAAUCGUCGCGGCGCUCACCGGUCAGAUGCCGCCCACGGCGUCCAUGGCCCACAAGGAGGUCGCGAUGCAGCUCGCCCUGUCGGCGCGGGCCAGUGGGCGCGCGACCGCGAUCGCCGUCCUCUACGACGAGAUCGCCCGGCGCGAAUGGGCAGACCUUUCAGCGGGCCUGGGCACCUUCGACGUCGCCGCGGCCGCGCAGUCGCAGAACGCGGCCACCAUGCUCCGGGCGGAGCGCGAGUACGACGCCCGCGGGUUCCAGGCGGUGCACGACCGAGCUCCAGCGCAGUCGAAGGGCAAGGCAAAGGGCGCCGGCAGGGACCACAAAGGCGGCAGCGACCACAGCGCCAAGGGCGGCAAGGCCAAGGGCUACGGCAAAGAGCACAAGGGCAAGCCCGCGAACUCAGCCGCGGAGCCAGUGAGGGUCCGGGCAGGUGCAGUUCCCCCCAAAACAUCUUGCGCUGAUCUGAGUUGCUUCCAGUCGGCAUUCGACGCUGCGAGCGCGCAAGCUCUGCGCGGCGAAUCAGCGCCUGAUGAGGUCGAGGCGCUGCGUUUCACGCGUGAGGCGCUCGGCCGCCGCGACGCGCAGCCGAAGCGCACGGACGCGCAGUGCGAGUGCAUGGAAGCGUUGCGGUGGAGCGCCGCGCGUAGCCUACGCCAGUGCAUCACAGAACGCGAGGAGCGCGUUCGGCGCAUCGAAGCCCGGGCGGCGCACUUCGAGGCGUCCGGGGAGGCCGGGGCCGCGAGGAAGGCUGCGCCACCGGAAUUCAUGCCGCUUAUCGCAGGCGUCAACAUUCCACUUUUAAAGGAAUUGGCGCGUGAGUCUGAGUGGCACGAUGCAGAGUGCAUCGACUUCUUCUCGCGAGGCGCCCCUCUGUUGGGUAACCUAGAAUACAGCGGCAACGGUCGCGCGCUCAGCCCGGAAGAGCGCGCGGGCGACACUAGCGCUGAGGUAGCCCGUUCGCGUGCCAGCGCGCUCGCGUGCAACGACUUGAUACUUGCAUCAAUUCGCGAGGAUCCCCUCGCCAGCGAGCUGCUCCGCAAGACGCGGGAGGAGGCGGACUUGGGUAGGAUGUCUCCGCCGCGGGCUUUUAGGCCCGACAUCUCCGCGGCCGAGCUUGCCGCUGCUUGGGGCGAAACAAUUCGUCUGGUGCCCAGGUUCGGGGUCUCGCAACCGAAGCCCGACGGGUCGCUGAAAGUGCGCCCGGUGGAUGACUUCACGCGCUCCAGGGUGAGCGGCGCGUGCGCUCCCGCCGAGAAAUUAAGCGUAGAGGGCGCGGACCAGCUGGUAGCGGUCGCGCGCGCCUUCUUCGAGUUGCACGGCGCACUUCCCGAGCUGUGGUGGGCCGCUGUCAGUGUUUUCAAGGAGGGCGGCCGCCUGUGGUGCUCGCAGCACCUGGUCUGCCCGUUCGGCGCGCUAGCAUCUUGCCACGACUGGGACCGCGUGGCCGCCAUGCUCUCGCACUUCGCAAGGCGGCUCGCCAAGCUGCCAGUUUCGCGAUACGUAGACGAUUAUUUUGCGCCGGAUCGCCCCGGCGCGGCCGACCACGCCAUGCGGUGCUUCGCUCGCAUCGUCAGAGCCGCGCUCGGCAGCGACGCAGUAGCCGACGCGAAGCUGGCGCACGGGGCCCAGCUGGUCGUGUUGGGGCUGCUCUUUUCUUUCUGUGCGCAGGGCGUACACUGCGAGCCAGCGUGCGACAAGCGGCUCAAGUGGUCGUCCGCCAUCCGGCAUGCUUUAGAGUGCGGCACGUUGCACCAGGGCGCUGCGAAGAAACUCGCGGGCGCUCUCGCAUGGGCCGCGCAGCACUUGUUUAAGCGCUUGGGCAGAGCAAUGCUCCGCCCACUCUUCGCGCACCAGCACAAGCGCUCCAAUCGUAUCGGGCGGCCUCUCGAGCUCGCGCUGCACUGGUGGGCCCAAGUGCUCGAGCUCAGGCUGCGCGAAGUGGCCAGCUGGGAGCAAGGGGACAUGCCCGCGGCACGCAUGUUCUGCGACGCGCGGAGCACGCCCCCUCCUCUGACGCGGAAUUUCAAGCACAGACGCGACGGCCGGAUUAUGGGCCUCGAGGUCUUGGCGGUCGCAUUAGGCUUGUCGUCUUUUGAAGAGCGACUGGCAGAUCGGGCGCUGGAAGUGUUCUCGGACAAUUCGGGGGCCGAGAGGUCAGUGGCGCGCGCGAGCGCCCGGGACUGGGAUCACACAGUCCUCGUCCACGGCGUUGGGUCUCUCGCGGCUCGCAUGUCCCUGUCGAUGUGGGUGCACCGCGUCCCGUCCAAAAGCAACAUCUCGGACGGGCCGUCCCGCGAGGUCUACAGUCUCUUGCACCUGCUCGGCGCGCGCCAGGUGCCAGCGGCACUCGAUGCGCGGUUUCGCGCAGCCGAGGCCUGA